UUACCUGCUCAUCAAUAAUUACAGCAAGAUAGCAGGGACUGUUUGACAAGCGAAAAUAUCAGCUGCGUAUUUUGAAAAUAGUCCAAAAUAUCAGUGUUAGUGUGUCCUGUGAAAAUUGGACAGGAUUAAUGGGAGAAUAACGUGCAUUUAAUAUUAAACAUGAGGAGGAAUUGUGUUGUUCCCGGAUGCUGGAGCUCUGAUGUAUCGAAAGCAAUUCCUUCGUUUUUUACCGUCCCCAAUGAGGAUGAAGUAAGGCGUUCAACAUGGCUAAAACUAAUUACACGAGAGGAUUUGAUGAACAAGCGAUCACAAAACCACCUCAUUUGCGAAGAACACUUCGACCCCGCGGAUAUAAUAAAAGGGAAACGCAGGAAAAACCUAAAAAGCAAUGCGGUGCCGUGCAAAAAGAUACCAACUCAAGAUUUACAAAAACAAGCGACAGUCUCCGAGCCGGCGGUCGACCAGACCACACAAACGGACGCCGCGCUUGCUGCUAAAGGUCCGUUGAAAAGGAAAUCGGGAUCCAAGAAUAAAAAUUGCUCGAAAGUUAAGAGGAGGUAGACGAAUACCUAACUUAGUUAGGGCCAUAAAUACUGCGAAAUAUUAUUAAUAAAGUAUCUUCAAACACAAAGCGAACAAUGUUAGCAACUAGAUUGUUUCAUUUUACUGAAAAAUUUCAAUUUAAAAAUGUAUUUAUAAUUUAGGUAUCACCCAAACCUUGAGUUCAGAAGUGUUAUUAAAAAUACUUUUGAGGCGCCAAAAGAUAACGAGCCAAAUAUUGUAAGAAAUAUCUACAUAGGCGUGUAAAAGGAACACAAUACAACUUAAUGUGAAAAAACUUAUUAUGAAACAUUUAAAUAAGUUUAAUUCUUAAAUGAAAACAUUUAUAGUACCCUAAAAUUAAAAUAUUGUUAAACAUUAUGUAAGUAGAAAGUUUCUACCAGAAACAUAUCAUAUUUCGAAACUUUGUAUACCUACCACGUUAUUUUAUAUUAACGAACUUACUUAAAUAAUGGAAGUUACAUUCCGUAUCUUUCAUUCCUUUAAUUAUAUCGUAAUCAUUUUAUGUUGUACUGAAAACGUUUGGUGAAAACUAAACAAAGAUACAGGUGUCGAUACAGGGAAAGCAAAUGCGGCGUUGCGCAAGGCAGCACUUUAGGACCAAUGCUGAGGUUGCAGACUGGCUGAAUGACUGUAACUAACAAGUGCGUUAGCUAACUUUAGAAAGUAUUAACGCAUUAUUUGUAUCCCUUUUUAACGAAAACUUCAUUAUUGUCUUCUGAUAAAGUUACUUCACUAACAUUUCUGUAAAUAGUCUUAAGUGUCUAUGAAAAUAAUAUUUUA